CAUACCAAGAGAGGUAUUUCCUGCGAUGCUUGGAGUGCUUACUUUACAGAUGGGAAAUCUAACCAUCCGCCCAACACCCUUUUCACCUGGUACUUUGCAAAUGCACAGUGGAUGAAAAGUAAUGGAUUUGGGAGCUCAAACACCUUUCCAGUGGCUGUGGAAGUUCAACAAGAUACUACGAGUAGAUAUUUGAUACAGAUUGUUACUAUGAGAGAUAACCAACCAUCGUAUUAUUAUUUUCUUUUUGGCUGGUCGUUUUCUUUGAUUUAUUGUUUGUGUCCGUUCCGGGUGUAUGUACGUUGUCAGCUGAUCGUUUUCAUUGAUUUAUUGUUUAUGUCCGUUCUGGGUGUGCAGCCUACAAGCGCCUCUGACAUUAUUGUUAUCUUUAAACUCUUGGAUAUUGCAUCCAUCAACACCCAGGGAGACGUGACACUGGCUCAGCGUGAUGCGCCCAAUUCUCAGAUUCUGGCAGAUCUGUGUCAGUCAAUCAACAGUGGCAACUUUGUCAUUGAAAUCACCAGU